GUUAGUCAACUACUUGCGGAGGAAGGCUCCUGCACCAGGAACACAGAUGGAGAACGCCGUACGCUUCAUCAAGGCCAGAGACAGACAGAAAGCUGCUGCUGCAUCUGCUGCUGCAACUACCACCUCUCCCAGCAGCAGCAGCAGCUCUGCAUCAGUUCCUUCAGGCCCUGCAGCCAAAUCUGCACAGAGAUUUACCUUUUGUUCCUGAUGCUCCACCUCCUUCCCCUGACUGUGGCAUCUCUGCUGGGCCGAGCGGCCAACCGGAUACGGUUCUCCCUUUGGCUGGGCUUGAGGAGUAGCCAGUUCCAGUUGUCCUCCCUCCACCUCCAUCAGCUGGCAAUGCAGAGGUGAUGCGACAGUAGCUGCAGCUUUUUGUGUCUCUGUGUCGCUAACAGCAGUCAUACCUUAAAGCUGCUUAAAGUUGUCUCUUCAGCUGCUGCCUGAGUCCUGGCGGGCAGCUCUCACUGCGGAGCAGCAGCAGUGGAUCGGGCGGGUGCUGUUCACCAGGGACAGCUCGGGGAGGUCCAAGCUCAUCACUGAGCUGAAUCUGUGGUGGAACCCUCCCCAACCCCGCCCAAUCUACCACCAACCUCCUACGUCCCCUGACCUGUUUUUCACAUGUCGGCUGUUCCUGUGGAUGCCCCACAGGAUCUGGGGCCUUCAGCUGACAUGUCCCCAGCCUUUGUGUGGCGGGUCACUGACGAAGGCUGGGCUGUACAAGACCAUCCGGAGGGUCCUGGACAUCGACGGCUGGUACCUCAUGGCCACGGAGUACCUGGAGUGCUGUCGGUGUAAGAAGAAGGUCGGGGGGUGGUCACAGGGGAUCAUAAGGCAGCUGGCUCCCACCCACAGCUGCCAGUUUCCUGCUGUACUCACGUACAAGUAAGAGGCAACAUUGCCUCACGUGUUAGUUUGUGUGUAAAACUUUGUCUACAUGUUGGCAUCUUGUGAAUUGAUCCAGGCUGUCCUGUGACCAAAGGGUGGUUGCACAGCUCAGGUCUCACACGUUGGGCAACAGUGCCAACCGGCUGUACAACACCCUGCGGGAGCAGCACUCGGACUCCUGGAUGCGAAGAGCGAUCCACUACCUUAGCGUCUGCAAGCAGUUCCUGGCCUUGAGCAAUGUGGGGGGGGCAGUUUCCACCACCUCCACCUAUGCCCCCUCUUCCAUCACCCGUCUGGCUGCUGACGGUUUAUGGCUACGACGUCCUGAUGAGGCUGGACGAGUACAAGCCCAGGAUCACGUCCACCUUUGGAUCCAUUCUAAAAAAUGGAUUCCACCAAGAAGGUGUGGGAAUAUUUUUCUCCUGUGGAUUCUCCAACAGCAGUCUGAGUCUGUUCUGACGAAAACAUCUCUGUUCAGGUGACAAAGAAGCUCACAGGGUUACCAAUGCUUCCUCGCAGGGUAACCUCAUGAGCAUCCUCACCUGCUCUGAGGGCUCUGAGGGUCUGUCCAGGAUGGCGGCCGGGGUGAUGAGGAGGUAUCGACUUGCCAAGCCCCCCUCCCCCCCAGCUCAUCUAUUUGGAUCACGACUGCUGCAGGGUCCUGAUGGUCAGUCAGGAUACCAACAUGUCCUGAAGCUGACCAAGGUCCAGGUGGAGAUCAGGAGUCUGCCUGCAAUCUUCAACAGCAGGGUGGACAGAAUCAUCACACUCUGGAAACGCCUGCCAGACUGUGACAAACAGCGGGUCGUCUACCCUGCAGGUAUUGGGACAGACAGCCUAAAGGGCGCUUCAAGGCCACGAAGGGGAAGAGCUCUUCCUGUCCUGGGAAGGAGAAUCUCCAACGCGGCUUUCUGGGACUGAACUCUGGUCCUGCAAACUGAUGCCAGCCGCCUGGUGGAGGCCAUUUGCAGCCAGCUCUGCCGCCUCCACCCGUCAGCUACCAGAACCGGGGGGGUUCUGAAGACACAUUGGUCCCUGGUCUUGGGGGACUAUGUGGCCAUCAGGGAGGCCGUCCUCAGGAACCUCAGGCUGAUGGCUGAGACUGGACUUCAGCUGUUUCAGCUGAACCAGAGGACCCUGUCACAGUGGUGAGAGCUCCAACUUCUGCAGUCUGGUGCAUCUUUUCCAACUAUCCCAGCAUCCCGGUACCAGCCUCUCUCUGUCUUCUCCAGGUUCUCCUGUCAGCCAAAAAAAUGGGAGAGGGCUGUGCUCUCUGGUUGCUCCAGUCGUUUCCCUGCAGCUUAAGGGCUGUCCUUGGUUCAGGUGGGACAGGGACAGCCCUACAACUACAAGCUGCCAGAGGAGAACAUUCAUCUGUCAGCAACACCAUCCGGGGCUGAACCAGCUCGACUCUGAAGCUCCUCCUCCACCAUCACCACCUCCUCCUCCUCCUGAGUGUGUGCCCAGGACCACCGUCUUUAGAAGGAGGAAAGCGGCAGAAGCAGCACUGGAGGAAGGCCUUCCAGCAGCCACAAAAGUCCACCGACAGGUUGUGCAGUACACCUGCAGAAAGUGUGGCCAGCCCAAAAGGCUAGACACUGGCCACACACGCAUGUCUGGGCUGUCGUACUGCGGAACUGUGGGCGGGAAAAGUGUGGAGGAGCGGAGGGAACAGAUGAAAUGGGAACAGGAACAAUGAAGACCUUCAAAAAUAUAUCUAUAUUUUUUUAUUUGAAAAAUGAAUAUUUUUUGUUGCAAUUUUGUGUUAUUUCGUUUUGAUGGAUGGACAGAUGGAGAACGCCGUACGCUUUGUAAAGGCCAGAGACAGACAGAAAGCUGCUGCUACAACUACCACCUCUCCCAGCAGCAGCAGCUCUGCAUCAGUUCCACAGCCAAAUCUGCACAGAGGUAGAAUGUUUCAGUCUCAAAUCUGUUCACUGCAGUGCGUCUGCUUGUGUUCUUAGAAUACCCAUUUGACAUCUUAUCUGUUUUUUAGAUUCACAUCCUUUGUCUCUGGUUGGCUUCCUCCGUCUGUGGUGGAAAUGCAGGUUAAAGUGAAGCAGCUUGUGGGCAGACCUGCAUUUCCAGGUACAUUAGAAAUGAACAGUCAGAGUAGAGUGUAGAUCUCGUCAUGUGAUCAGUGAAUUUAUGUGGUAUGGUGGUGUUUUCAGCCUCCUCUACCCCCUCUUCUUCAUCCAAAACCCUUGAGGAUCCUACUUAUGAAGGGCUGGUCAGCGCUUUAGUUGACAUAGAGUGUGGGUAACAGAACAGACACAUUCAAAGCUCAGGUUGGACACAUUGAUGUCUCAGCUGAUUUAACUGCUAUUUUUCUAUUAUCACUGGACUCAGAAGUCAUGGUUGCCAUAUCAACGAUGCCGUCACUUCCCAGUUGUUUCUGAAUUCAGUCCAAAAUCCAGGAGUGGUUUUCUCCAUCUUAAAUGGGAGUAGUUUUACUAGAGUUAGCUCAUGUCACCACAUUUAGAAUAAUUAGAACAAAAUGACAUUGGUGACUGUAUCAAUCCUCUGUUGUGCUGGCUGAAAGAAAGAAAGACUGUGGAGUCCAAGCAAAUCUCCACAUGCAUCAAGAAAGUAGAUGUCAUUUAACAACUUGUUAAAAGUUUCUAAAGAAAAAGCAGAACCUGCAAUGAUAGUUUCCUCUGUUUUGCUACAGGAGUGACUUUGUUUUGUGCAGACAAUGGCUUCAAGUUAACAUUUCUUGUGAAAUAUUUGGUCUUUCUAACUUCUCAUCAACAUUUCUGGAGUUUUUUUACUUGUCUUUGCUUUGUUUAGAGUGAACAUCCAGCAUUCAGAAGAGCGUCCAAUGGGACGCUCCUUUUAAAAGCCUCAAAUGAGGAGCAACAUGGCCUCCAAAAGGAGACCCACAGGGCCAAAACCCCGGAGGAGGUGGAGAAGGAGGCACGGCCCACGUCACCAGUGAGGGUGGGGAUAUCACUAACCCCACCCUGGUGCUGAGCCGGUGGAAGAUCCAGUUCGGUAAAUACCAGGACAAGACUUUCCACUGGCUGCUGGAAAACGACGUGGGCAACGCCGUCAACCUGGUGUCCUCCCACCAGAAGGAGCCAGAGAGGACAUCAGUCCCCACUGAUGGUCAACAAGGACGGCCUCAUCCGUUACUCCUCAGCAUAUCCUGGCUUUGUGGAGGUUCAGGUUCCACCAGGCGUUUGAGGAGGAACGGGUGAGGUCUCUUCAGCCUGGGCAGGAGGGACAGGCCCUUGUUGGCUUUGGGGACUUUAAGUUCGAGACCCUGCAGACCCUGUAUGAGUCUGAGGACCCCAAGAAGAUCUGGUACUUAAUCACAGAGGAUCAUAUGUUGUAAUACAGUUUGUCAUCAUAUGAACAGAUGGGAAAUUUUAGCUUUAACUGACAAUAACACUAGAUUACGAGAACAUGGAGAACAGCAUUUUUUGAUGUUGCACCUGUGUCCCCACUCUGGAGUUCCAACUUAAUUGUUUUCUCAUCUGGUUAGUCAACUACUUGCGGAGGAAGGCUCCUGCUCCAGGAACACAGAUGGAGAACGCCGUACGCUUCAUCAAGGCCAGAAACAGACAGAAAGUUGCUGCUGCAUCUGCUGCUGCAACUACCACCUCUCCCUGCAGCAGCAGCAGCUCUGCAUCAGUUCCUUCAGGCCCUGCAGCCAAAUCUGCACAGAGGUAGAAUGUUUCAGUCUCAAAGCUGUUCCCUGCAGUGUGUCUGCUUGUGUUCUAAUAAAUUGACAUUUAACAUCUUAUUUUUUAGAUUUACAUCCUUUGUCUCUGGUCGCCGUUCUCUGUCUGUGGUGGAAAUGCAGGUUAAAGUGAAGCAGCUUGUGGGCAGACCUGCAUUUCCAGGUACAUUAGAAAUGAACAGUCAGAGUAGAGUGUAGAUCUCGUCAUGUGAUCAGUUAAUUUAUGUGGUAUUGUGGUGUUUUCAGCUUCCUCUACACCUGCUGCUUCAUCCAAAACUUUUGUGGAGCCUAAUGAUGAAGAGCUGGUCAGCGCUGUAGUUGACAUAGAGCGUGAGUAACAGAACAGACACAUUCAGAGGUCAGGUUGGACACGUUGAUGUGUCAGCUGAUGUUAACUGCUGUUUUUUUCUAUUUUAAAAUAAUUAUCUGAUGGGAGAUGAACUGGAAACAGAACAGUAAGUUUGUGUUUGGAUGAAACUUUGCCUUGGUCUAAGUGCUGCUUCUCACUCACAAGCCACUUCAGCUUCAUCAUGACUACUAGAUGAUCAGCAGCUCAACACCAACUCUCUCACCUAUUUAGUCACUUCUUUCUGCUUUCAGCAUCCGUCUUUCAUUAAGAGCAAAAUAUUAACUUUUCAUGUAAUCCACCUCUUCUACCUUCUGCGGGCUAAUGAGGAGGUAUCGACUCGCCAAAGUCAUCACCCCCCAGCUCAUCUACGUGGAUCACGACUGCUGCUGCAGCAGAGACGGCGUGUCCAAGACAUCUGCCUUGUUUUGGGUACCAACUCAGAUUCACUAUGUUUGCACUACUGCUGACACAGUUCAGUCCUAAAGGUCUCUCAACGUUUGUCUUGUAGGAGUGGGGGCAGCUGCCUGGUGGUUCGACUUGACAUUUGGUACCUGAUGCGCCGCUUUGCGUCAGGUGUGACCACUGAGAGCCACCAGCUCCAUCCCACCUUCAUGAGGCAGCUGUCUCACUGCAUCUUCCAGGUGGACCCCGGAGGAGCCCGCCGUCUGACUCAGGCUAAGCGGUCCCAGCUGGAGGGGAAGCACGGAAUGAUCCAGAGGGUUUCCAAGGAGGAAUGGAGGCUCCACUGUCGUCGUCGAACACGUGGAGCUGAGAAGACAGCACUCCUCACCCAAAACCUUCUGGACACCUUCAGUGGCCCGGCAGGACCCGACACCCUGGACAUCCAGUUGCUGGAUGCUUUCCGCAUUGAGGAGAUCUGGAGCACCCAGGACCGGCACCUUAACUGCAUCCACGACUGGCCGCGGGGGGGCAGCUCUACACCGAGACUACACCUCCGGCUGCAGCUGAGGAACAUCUGUCGCCUCUCCACUCCUAAAGUGGCAACCUCAAGCACGCCCUAACCAGAAGAGCCAAAGGGUGCUUGGUCUUCAGAUGGUUAAGGAUUUCACCAAACCUGCUGCGUCCACAGGGGAGCUCAUCGGGGUGGAGUACCUGUACCAGCAGACGGGCAGCGUGCUUGAGGAUGUCAGCCUGGACCCUGACGCUCCGGACGAGGCUGCUCAUCAUCUCCUCUGAGACAGCAGCCCGGUCAGGUGACCCAGCUGGCACCAGCAGGUCUGGGAGCCAUCCAGUCCCCUCCACCACCACCAAAGAGGAUGUCCGUCCCGGUUCCUCGCAGUCUUCUGGUCAGCAUCCCUCCUCAGACUCUGAGGUAAAAUCUACAACCCCAGUCCUCUAUCAAACGAUGUGAAGUUGUGUAUUUUUAGUAGAUUUUCUGUGCUUUGCAUUUGCCAACUGUCCAUUUGCUUCUGUCUCAGGAAGAGGUCCAGGGUCCUGAUGGUCAGUCAGGAUACCAGCAUGUCCUGAAGCUGGCCAAGGCCCUGGUGGAGAUCAGGAGUCUGCCUGCAAUCUCCAACAGCAGGGUGGACAGAAUCAUUACACUCUGGAAACGCCUGCCAGACUGUGACAAACAGCGGGUCGUCUACCCUGCAGGCCCCGGGACAGACAGCCUAAAGGGCGUUUCAAGGCCGCGAAGGGGAAGAGCUCUUCCUGUCCUGGGAACUUCUGAGCGCGUGCCCAGGACCACCGCUUUUAGAAGGAGGAAACCAGCAGAAGCAGAAGCACCAGAGGAAGGCCUUCCACCAGCCACAAAAGUCCACCGACAGGUUGUGCAGUACACCUGCAGAAAGUGUGGCCAGCCCAAAAGGCUAGACCAGGGGUCGGCAACCCAUGGCUCCGGAGCCACAUGUGGCUCUUUCAUCCUUCUGUCGUGGCUCCCUGUGACUUUGGAAAAUAAUGAGUAUUUUAUAAAAAAAAAUAUAUAUAUUUUAUUUUUUUUUUCAUUUUAAAAUAUAAUUCUGAAUUUGAAGAUUGUGGUAAACUUGUAACAUUAAAAUUAAACGUUUUUAAUAUUUUUAAUCACCCAAAAUAUGCGUCACAUCCGCCGAUGUGCGACAUUCGAAUUCUUGGUCACGUCUGGCAGCCGGCGUUUUUCCAGCACACUACCAGCGUGAUUUUUUGACCCCUGCCUGGAAGGUAAAUAAAUGAUGGAUAAAAGGAAAAUUUCUGAAGAUAACAGAACGUUUAAUGCUACGUGGGCAGAUUCUUUUGCUUUCACUGCUGAUGAAACUGGUUUACCAGUCUGCUUAAUAUGUGGUGAAAUAUUGGCAAACGACAAAAAGUCAAAUGUUGCGAGACAUUUCGAGAACAAACACUCUGCCUUUGCUAAAAAAUAUCCCAAGGGAGAGGAGCGAAAAAAGGCCGUUUCGGAGCUGAUGCAGAAGGCUGAUGUGAGCAGAAGUCACUUCAAGAAAUGGAUUAAAACUGGAAAUUCAACUACAUGUACAAGUUUCGUGGUUGCUCAGGAAAUAGUCAAGCAUGGGAAGCCAUUUACAGAUGGAGAAUACCUCAAAGAAACAUUUAUUAAGAUUUCCAAACAUCUGUUCUCGGACUUCAAAAACAAAGAUGAAAUUUUGCAGAAAAUAAAAGAUAUGCCUCUCUCUGCAAAAAUUGUCCAAGACAGAAGUGUGAAUAUGGCAGAAAACGUCACCAGACAGCAGAUUGAAGAUAUCAAUUCAGCUUUGGCGUAUGCAAUCGCCUGUAAUAUGUCCAAAGACAAAAAUGACAUUGAACAAAUAGCGCUGUUCUGCCGAUACGUGAGCGCUGCCGGGCCACAGGAAGAAAUGAUUGAAUUGAUACCGUUAAAAGGCCAAACACGAGGGGAGGACAUCUGCGAGGCUGUCUUGCAUUGUUUAAGAACCAAAGAAAUAAAGACCACCCACCUGGUGCCCGUGGCUUCUGAUGGGGCACCAUCUAUGACGGGGGCUCAGAAGGGCUUUGUGGCUUUACUGCAGAAGUCACUGGAUAGAAAGUUGCUGACAUUCCAUUGCAUCUUGCAUCAAGAAGCAUUGUGUGCGCAAACAUUUCCUCCAGAAUGCACCCAAGUAAUGGAUCUUGUCAUUCAGAUUGUUAACAAAAUAAUGGCAAAUGGUUUAAAUCACCGUCAGUUCCGCUCAUUACUGGAUGAGUUGGACAGCGCGUAUUCUGAUCUCUUGCUGCAUAACAAGGUCCGGUGGCUGUCCAGAGGGGUAGUGCUGAAACGCUUUGCAGCGUGUCUGGAAGAGGUGAAAGUUUUCCUCAGCAACAAAGGGCUCACUUUUCCUGAGCUGGAACAGCCAGAGUGGCAAGAAAAACUCCACUUCAUGGUUGAUAUGACAGCCCACCUGAACACGUUGAACACAUCUCUUCAGGGGAAAGGAGGCACAGCUCUGCACAUGCUGGAAGAGGUGUUGGGAUUCGAGCGCAAAUUGACAGUGUUCGCCACGGAUUUAAAGCGAGGUACACUGUAUCACUUCCCCGCUUUGAGAGAGUUCCAACAAGCUGGCAAUGCCAUAAAUUCACAGUAUUUGAAAUCUGUAAUCACUGCAAUGCAAACAUCAUUUGGAAAACGAUUCUGUGAGUUCAGACAAGAAAAACACACCUUAUCCUUCCCCGUCACUCCCCUGACCAUCGAUCCAUCCCAGUUGAACAUGACUGCAUUUGCAGGUGUAGUAAGUCAACCUGAUCUGGAGAUGGAACUGGCCGACAUCUGGGUUUUUAAGUUCAAAAGCUUGACAGCUUAUCUAGAAAAUGUGUCCCGUCAGAAGGCCGUUCUCGCUCAGAAUCACAAAUGGAGCGACAUUGCAAACCUUCCCAAACAGGACAAACUUGUGUUUGAGACAUGGAAUGCCAUCCCCGACAGCUACAUAAAUAUGAAGAGGUAUGCAUUUGGGGUCCUGGAAAUCUUCGGAUCCACAUACAUCUGUGAGCAGGUCUUCUCCAACGUGAACUUUAUUAAAAACAAGCACCGCUCACGCCUCACACACAUCAGCUUACGUUCCUGUUUGAAGAUGAAGGUGACAUCUUACAGCCCUGACGUGAAGAAGCUGUGCAGCGAGGUUCAGGAGCAAAAAUCACAUUAACCAGGAGGACAAAUGGCUGCACACUCCAGUACACGCGAUGUGACAGAAGCAGGCUGCGUAUUUUUUUGUUUUGCAUUGUUCGUUCAGUGCUGGUGGAUGAUAUUUGGAUAAGUUUGGAUUUUUAUCUCAUAAAUAAGAGGACUCAAAUAGACACCGGGUAUUUUAUUUGAAAUUAAGCAUCAACCAAGUGUUAAAUGCUUUUUGUUACAUGUAGAAAUAAAAUUCUGUGUUCUCUGCAGCAGUUCGUUGAUUUCAUUUUCAUAAAUGCAAUAGUUUUUUGUACACAGGGGUACUCACACUUUUUUGGCGUGUGAGCUACUUUUGAAUCGACAAUGUCUUAAAGAUCUACCUAUAAAUGAUUAAGAACUACACAGUAAGAUUACACAAAGAUACUUUUGUAUUAACAGAUGAGGCGUUUUAUUACAAAGACAGAAAGCAGCGACUAUGGUAUGUCAUGCUCUGUUGUAAACCGUGCUAUGGGGGGAGCAUGUCAUUUCAAAGACGCUGCUGGCUCUGACUAAGCGUGUGCCACGAGAAAACAGCGCUUCUUAAUAAGCUCGUAUUUAUCGGGCUAGAACUGCAGAGCUGAUAGCAGGGGGAGACAAGCGGGGCGGCUUCAAUAAACACUCCAGCUGUCCGUAGAGGUCUGCUGCCGGGGACAUGAUGUGCCGCGGGGCAGAAAGAGUUUGCGCUCAGUGUUUUUAAAGACGCGUCUGCAGUGACGUAUGUAUCAGAGGAUGUCCGAUUGGCCAAUCUGCAUGU